CGAUAAUUAUCAUCAUAAAACAUUAGGGUUGGGAUGGCAUAAUGGAUCUGAUCAGUUAUUUUACCAGACUAAAUUUAAUAAUAUAUUUAAAGAAACCAUAACAAAGCGUAUUAUACUGUCAUAUUCGUCUCAAAUUUUUGAUCCACUUGGAUUAUUAAGUCCAACAGUAAUGAUUGCGAAGGUUUUAUUGCAAAGAUUAUGGCUCUUAAAAUUAGGCUGGGAUGAACAAGUUCCCCGUGAUAUCGCACAAAUUUGGAUUAGAUUCGUCGAUAAUUUAAUUAAUUUACAGAAUAUUCGCAUUCCUCGUUAUGUUGCAAGUGACAACCCUGACCGUUUAGAGUUACAUAUUUUUACCGAUAGUUCUCUUACCGCGUACGGCGCGUGCGCUUAUGUACGCACUAUUAAUACAGACAAUAGUGUUUCUGUUAGAUUAUUAUGUGCGAAAGGAAAGGUCGCCCCGACUAAACCCAUAAGUAUUCCUAGGCUCGAAUUGUGCGGCGCCCUAGUUGGAGCCCGGCUGUACUCAAAAAUAAUUAAUUCGUUGCGCAGUAGUUUCGAUAGAGUAGUAUUUUGGACUGACUCGACUAUUGUGUUAGGAUGGCUCCACAUGUCACCUAACUUGCUUAAAACGUUUGUCCAGAACCGAACUGUUGAAAUUCAGGAAUUAACUAGUACUGCCUCGUGGCGUCACGUGAGAGGAGAACAUAAUCCAGCUGACCUGAUCACUCGCAGUCGCAAUUUAGACGACCUUUGGGGCACCGCCAUGUGGUGGGAUGGACCUCAGUUUCUUCACGAUAUUAAUAUUGACUUUAAUUCGGAGUCCUAUAACACCUCAAAUUUACCAGAGUUGAAAUCUGUUGCAACAGUCACCUUGACUGUUAGUCAGGAUGCUGGAGUGUGGUUUCCAUUUCAGAGGUUCUCGCAGUUUAAUAGAAUGAAGCGUACUAUGGCGUACUUACUACGGUUUGUUUAUAACGCGCGCAAUAAACCGAGUGAGAGGCACACGGGCGCGUUCGAUGUAUCUGAAAUAAAUGAAGCCGAACUAUCCCUCGCUAGACUGUCGCAGUAUGAGUCAUAUCGAGACGUAUACGAUUGUUUGUCGAAGAAACAAUCAUUAAAAAAUAUGCACGCUAGUUUAACCAAGUUAAAUUUAUUUCUCGACGAAUCUAAUUUGAUAAGGGUAGGAGGACGUUUAGAAAAUUAUUCCGAAUUUAACUUUAAUAAAAAACACCCGAUUUUAAUUUCAGGUAGACAUCAUUUUGCUCUAUUACUAUUUCGUUAUGAGCACCGCAGGCUUUUACAUGCGCCGCCACAAGCGUUAGUAUUUGCUUUGAGGGAUUCUUGGUGGCCUGUCAGAGCGCGAGAUUUAGCCAGGAAGGUCGUUCAUGAGUGUGUCACAUGCAGACGAAUGCGCGGUCAAACAUUAACGCCUAUAAUGGGCAACCUUCCACGGGAACGCCUUCAACCAGGUUACCCAUUUUUAUAUUGCGGCGUCGAUUACGCUGGCCCAGUGCUCAUACUAAACCGUAAAGGGAGAGGAGCUAAAUCUAUUAAAUCAUACAUAUGCUUAUUCGUAUGUUUUGUAACGCGUGCGGUUCACCUGGAGCUGGUGAGUGAUCUCUCAUCUGAUGCUUACCUGCUGUCAUUAAAACGUUUCAUUUCGCGCCGAGGUAAACCGGCCGAAAUUUUCAGUGAUAACGGCAAAAAUUUUGUUGGUUUAAUGAACGACUUUUCAAAAUUCCUUUCAAGUAUAUCAGGAGAAAUUAAAGAUUACGCAUUAUCUCAAAAUAUUAAAUUUCGAAUGAAUCCUCCGUAUGCUAGUCAUUUCGGUGGUUUAUGGGAAGCGGGGGUUAAAAGUUGCAAAUAUCACUUGCGACGAACCGUAGGCAAUGCACGAUUGACUUUUGAAGAGCUCAGUACAGUGUUGACUCAAAUCGAGGCUGUCCUGAACUCCAGGCCCUUGUCUCCGAUGUCAAGUGACCCACACGAUCUUUUGCCCCUAAGUCCGGCACACUUCUUGGUCGGCCGCCCAUUGACUUCGCCAGUGUUCGCUGACCUGCACGACAUCCCCGACCAUCGAUUGACACGAUACCAGAGAAUCGAAAAAAUCCGUCAGCAUUUUUGGACUCGAUGGUCACGCGAAUACGUCUCUGAACUGCAAUCUCGAUCCAAGUGGAGAUUCCAGACUGACGACCUCAAAGAGAAUACACUUGUCAUCAUCAAAGAAGAUAACUUGCCCCCAUUGAAAUGGUGCCUUGGGCGCAUAAUCAAGACAUACCCAGGAAAGGACGGUGUCUCCAGGGUCGCCGAGAUAAAAACAGCAACGACAACGGUCCGACGCGCGUUCUCCAAAAUUUGCCCGCUUUUGGAGAUUGAAGCAUCUUCAUCGUAAUAUUCAUCUAUUGGAAACCUAGGGUUUCCAAGGCCGGGAGUAUGGAUAUAAACUGUGCAUGUAUCUGUCAUUGAACUUUUUACUUAAUCUGUGCUGUAUAGUGCAACCAAUAAACACUUACUUAAAAGUGACAUUUGAGUGCUCCCAUUGGCUAUUGAUGUGACGUCAGGACGUUUGACAAGUGCAAUUUUCUAUUCUAAAACUUUUACGCGGCAAGUGCAGCCAUAUUUUUUUUCACGCACGUGCGAACUCGCAAUAAGUUUAGCAAAAGUUACAAAAGUGCAUCACAUUCAAGACAAUAUCAAGAAAGUAAGCUUCAGGUAGCCUGCUUCAUACGCG